GUUCUAUGUACGCUGGCCCGGAAUUCAAAUUCACCUCGAGCCAUCAUCAUGGGCCAUCAUGAGCCAUGUGAACUUCAUGACGGAUGCGCCACUGAGUUAUGCUUGCUAUAACCAGCAAGAACGAAAUAGUGCGGACCGAUUUCAUGCUACCGUCGCCAACUCAAGGUCUGUUUCACGCGUGACCGGUAGAAAACUAAACAAAGGACAGGGCAGGGCGCUUAUUGGCGUAUGCCCACAGUGUUGGUGAUUGUCAUCAACUGCAAUCGCUCUUCCACCGUCGCUUUCGUGUGCCCACGGUUUAUCCCACCCAACUGCGGACCAGAAAGCCAGCUGGUAUUGGACCCGUAGAACACUCUUGCCAGGAGAUUGGAGGAAAUAUGGCCUCACAAGGUAGAUCCUACUUUGCGCCCGAGCCGCGCUCUGCGUCGUCCAUCAGCACCACCUACGAACGCGACGACGAUGAGGUGCCAGGACUGGAGCAUGACAACGAUCUGCGUGGCGCAGGGAGCAAGGCUGUGGCAGAGUCUGCGCCAUUUCUGCCCAAUGGUGCAUCGGGAAAUGGGGGUCCGACCAUUAAGGUCGACUUGGGACGCAUCGGAAGCGCUUCUUCGGGUGCGGACGACCCGGCAGGCCGGGCUUCCAAAGGGCAAGGCCUGUCAAGUAUUUUGGCCUACUGCAUGAGCAGUAUCAUGAUGACGGUUGCGAACAAGUUCAUCGUGCUGGACAAAAAAUUCAACCUCAACCUCGCCGUGCUGCUCAUGCAGUCUCUCAUCGGCGUAGCCCUCGUGAUAAUAGCACGCCGCCUGGGUUGGAUUUCACUCCGCGGCCUCAACAGGAAAGACGCAGGACUAUGGAUGCCGAUCAGCGUUCUGCUUGUUUUUGUCAUCUACACUGGCAGCAAGGCACUACAGCAUCUCAAUGUCUCGGUCUACACCAUUUUCAAAAAUCUGACCAUCGUCCUCAUCGCGUACGGCGAGAGGAUCUGGUUCAAAGGCCGCCUGACGGCCCUCACACUGCUCUCUUUCUUGCUCAUGGUCGUUUCCUCAAUUAUUGCUGCUUGGGCCGAUUUGUCGCAGCUGGCUUUCACCAAGGACCUCCCGUACCCGCAUCUGAGCGAUUCGCAUCUCUCCGGCGGCACAUGGAACCCCAUGACAGGCGAGUUUGUCCCAACUGUCGAUGGGCUCAAAGUGGAGCAGGACAGAAUCAAUCAGGCAUCGAAAGAUGCUCUGGGGCUCGCGAACAAUGACCCGUUGCUCGAUUCGGCUGCCACGCCUCUGGGUGGAGCAAGCGCAAUGUUAAACAGUGGAUAUGUUUGGAUGGCACUCAAUUGUCUCUGCAGCGCCUCAUACGUGCUCCUCAUGCGUAAACAGAUCAAGAUGACGGGAUUUAAGGACUGGGACUCGAUGUACUACAACAACCUGCUGUCGAUCCCAAUCUUGCUGCUGCUCUCUCUUCUCGUCGAGAAGUGGACGAAGGAGAACUUCGACUCUGCCUUUCCGCAAGACAAGCGUGCCCAACUCUUUGCCGCUAUUGGAUUCUCUGGCGCAUGCGCCAUGCUAAUCAGCUGGUCUACGGCAUGGUGCAUCCGCGUGACAUCCUCGACCACGUACAGCAUGGUCGGUGCAUUGAACAAGCUUCCCCUUGCGCUUAGCGGUAUGAUUUUCUUCAAGGAGAAAGCCACUGCUGGAAACGGGAUCGCCAUUGCUGUAGGCUCCUUGGCCGGCAUUGUCUACGCCUCGGCGAAGAUGAAGCAGAGCAGUGAUCAGCAGCAAGCCUCUGGAGGCUCUGCGGCUACUGGCUACAGUCGCUUGGGGACUGGGGCCUUGCGUUCGGAAGGCGUCAUCCCUAUGCAUAAGCUUAAUGGCGAUGGGGACCCGCGCCGUGAUUGAAGCAGAGGCUGUUGCGCGCACCU